AUGGCGCUUGAUCCCGGCUCGAGAGCGUGGACGGGCUCCCCCGAGAGCUCGGGGCGAGAUUCCCCCAUCCCUCGACAAUGGCGCAACCAGCUUGGCGGGGAAGAAGCUCCUGCCAAAGAUAAAGCAUACCGAAGAUACGCAUCCGGAGUGGAAAAGGCCCUGUCGCUUUUUGAGACUGCGCUGGAGGAAUGGGCCGACUACAUUUCUUUCUUGAACAGGGUCCUCAAGGCCCUGCAAGCGCGGCCACCCUCGAAUACCACAAUACCAGCAAAGGCGCUCUUGUCGAAACGUUUGUCGCAAUGCCUGAACCCCACGUUGCCUUCCGGCGUCCAUCAAAAGGCCAUCGAAGUCUACACUUACGUUUUCGACACAAUUGGUGCCGAUGGUCUGUCCAGAGAUCUCCCACUCUACCUUCCUGGCCUUGCGCCGACGCUCUCAUUCGCAUCGCUAUCCGUUCGCUCGCCCUUUCUCGAACUCCUCGAAAAGUACUUUGUCAAGCUGGACGCGCGGUCGCUACGCCCUGCUAUGCGAUCAAUCAUAUUAGCACUUCUCCCCGGCCUGGAAGAUGAGACAAGUGAGGACUUUGAUCGCACCCUAAAGCUGGUCGAAGGCUUCAAGGAGGCCAUACGGCCAAUUGACAGCAGAGAGCUGACAGACCAUCACUCCGUCGGCGACGACUUCUUUUGGCAGUGCUUUUUCCUGGCUUCCAUUACCAGCCAUAGUCGGCGCGCUGGUGCUUUGGCCUAUCUGAUUCGAUAUUUUCCAGCUCUUGGCACCCCGACUGUAGCCGCAGAGGUCGAAAACGGCGGUCAAGAACUUGCCACAAUGGUAACGUCGCCUGAGCCAGGGCUACUGGUCCGAUGCUUUGCAAGUGGUCUCGCAGAUGAGCAAGUUCUCGUUCAGCGCGGAUACCUUGAUCUUCUCGUGUCGCACCUACCUCUCAACUCAAAUGUCCUACAGGCUCGUGUCAAGCCAUCUGAUCUCGAAUUAUUGCUCAAGUCAGCCGUGGGAGUAGUAAUCAGACGAGAGAUGAGUCUGAACCGUCGCCUAUGGGCUUGGCUCCUGGGUCCCGAGCCUGCAGUACCGGAAAACGAACAUGCCAAUGAUGUAGCCGGUGCUCCAACGGAGCAGCAACAUGCCUACCUUUCCUCCCGAACACAGUAUUUUGAGGAGCACGGACUCGCAGCACUGACGAAAGCACUCCUUGGUAUGAUCAAGGAUGCAGAAUCAAGCAGCGUCCCGGAACGUGCGAGGCCUUAUCGCACCUGUCUAUCUCUCAUGGACAGAUGGGAAAUUGGCGGUUUGGUCGUUCCAGAGAUUUUUCUCCCAGUAGUUGAGAGUGUACAGCGCUUCAAGAACAAAACGUCAUCUCCAGCAGAGUUCAAGGAGGUUUUGCGGAGCGCGAGCGUCUUCUUCGACGGCAUAGAAAGUGGUCUCAUCUACAGCGAGAUCGUUGCCCUUUUCGCGCAAGCUAUCGCCCCCGGCACGUUGGGAACUAAGCAACGCAGCGAGAAAUUAUCACUCAUCAGCUUCAUCAUCGCCAAUUUCAACGUCAGAGAAGAAGAAAUGGUGACUAUACACGCACCUCUUACCUGUCUCGCUGCUCUUUACAUGCUCCAAGACCUUCAAGAAAGGCAGAACAAAGGUGCGGUGGGCUCAUUCACGGUGGAACUGGUCAAUCAAGUCUUAUCAAUUGUGGCGUCAUUCUUGGAUCUUGUACCAGAGCGCACAUUCCUUGCGCCGCCAACAAAGGCUACUACAGAUUUCGAGGUCUUAUCUUUAUCCAACAUGGAUUUGCUGAACAAGAUACGCGAUUUUUAUGUCAACGAGCAGGGAAAUUUGGACAGCUCGCCAGCUCCAUUCACUGGUCUUGAGACUGGGCGCCUUCUGAUUCAGCUGGCUGCCAAAAACGUAUACGAUUGUGACACGCAGACUGGCCUGUUGCCAGAUCUAAAUCUGCGAGUUCGAAUAUUUCUACAAAUGCUCACCAAGACACCUAAACAAUACGAGUUUGACAAGGCGGGGCUUCUUUCAUUUUCGCGCCGAGAGCUGUCUGACGGAAAAGCCCUUCCAUUUGUUGCAUUCUCCUCAAUAUUGAACCUGGUCAGUCAGAUGUACUGGACUGACAGAAUCACACUGCCACAAUUGUCGGAGCUAGUACUACCUCUGGUUCGUCAUGCCUGGUCAUACUUAUCCGUAUCCGAGCCCAAGUAUCAUGUUGAGACUGUCCGCUGUCUUUGGCAGCUGCAGACGGCUCUCACGCUGGAGCGUCGCGACAUUGAAGCAGCCUUGUCCACUUUGAUAGUUGAGAAGAAAAGCUGGGAUAAUGCAGAUACGGGCCGCACGUUCGGUGUCCUUUGGUCGCACACCUUGCAGGAUAACCAGGGAGAACGCCGUGGGUCAAGAACGACAUCUCUGAUUGAGCCUCGCUCGAGGGUAGCAGGUGCAGACUUUUACGAAGUCAUGCUUACGCAGCCCCUGUUCCUCGUCCUUGAUGCUUUGAUGGAUGAAAGGACACAUUUGUAUAUGAAUGUCAAAUCAUGGCUGAACACAAUGGUUGGCAUUGACAGGCUGUUCCUGUUAUUUGCAUCCAAGAUCUCAGCACUUCCUUUUCUGAGAGGCGUCAGAGAUUCUGUUUCCACCGACGAGCUGGAUGCAACAUCGCGGCAGUUCUCGGAAAAUGACGAUCUAGAUCUUUGCCUGUAUUACCUACGAACCAUGCACAAUGUUCUAGGCUGCAUGAGCGAAGUACCUUGGGUUAUUAUGGGAACAAGACAUGUAUCCCUGGUGGACGAAAGUUUGCAUAUCAGUACCGGUGGUGAAGGGAACGAAAUGACGCUUCAGGAGCUUCUCCUUAGAUUAUUGGUCCAAUGCGUUGCCGGGGAAUCCGAGACAGAAGACAAGAACCUCAUUGACAGAACCCGCCAACUGCAAAGAUACGCAUUGAUGAUUAUUCAUCAGUUUCUUAUUGCACCUCAAUCCAGCCGCCUGUCUCACUUCCAUGUCGAGACGAUUCUCAUCGACAGACUCGGAACCUCGAUUACUAGUUCAGACCCUUACAUCCAGGUGCUUCUUUUAGAUUCCAUUUUUGCGGCUCUGAAGCUUCAAGAGCCGCCGGCAACAGAACGCCCCCUCUCCGCGACAUCUGAAAGAUAUCAUUCAUCAACGACAGAUCUUACACGACCUGGAAGGCCGUCGAUAUCAAAUGUAGAUGGUCAACUGCCCCAACAUGGUCUACCUCCGCAGCUUCUGAAAUGUCUUCUUGCUGGGCUCGGUGCUCAAAACAGUCAACUCGUUCUGGACAGCUGGAUGAAUUUCUUGGGCGGCUGCCUCCCGCUUUAUGGCGGAUCUGUCUUCCAGAUUGUUAUCCCGCUGGUCGAGACUCUCUGCAAGCAGAUUGGCACUACGUUUGCAAAUCUGAGAGCCACAUUUUGUCCAGAGAAUAGCAGCCCUGGUGCGCAGGUCGCUGCACCGGAAACCACACUGAUAUACCUCCUAAACGGCCUGGAGCAGGUACUUGCUCGCGCGCAUGACCAGCUGCAGGCAGACGAGGCGCGUGCUCAGGCUCUGAAAAGUCCCGACCAGCCACAGUCGCUAUUCGGCAGCAUGGUUUCUGGUGUCUUCCAGUCGGACGCGCCGCAGGGCCGCAGUGCGACUGCAAACGACCGCCUCACUGUUCAUCUUGCCUUUCAGGAUGCGGUCCGUAUUUGCUACAAGAUUUGGUCCUGGGGCCAAGGUGAUGAUGCCGCCGCCAACGACACCUCCGCGGCUGCGUCGUUUAUGUAUACCUCCCUACGAAUGAGAAAUCGUGCCAGGAGACUCUUGGAGCAGCUCUUCACCGCUGAGACACUAGAGUGCUUGGAGACCAUUGUCGAUAUUUGGAAGCAAGGCACCUCCGAGGCUCAGAAGUCUGAAGUCUUCAAAUUCCUGGCGGCACUCGAGGCUUCCCGUCCACGACAAACAGUGCCCUCUAUAUUCAACUCUAUCUACAGCCGGACAAACCCCGGCGCUUUGGAUCCUUCUCGUACGUCGACAUUGACUAUAUCACUAGAGGACACAGACUUGGGCUUGUUCUUGGUCAGGUACACACAAUCUCUUGACGACGAUGCUAUGGACGAGAUAUGGCAAGACUGCAUCGUCUUCCUCAGGGACAUUCUCGCCAACCCCUUUCCCCACCGGCAAACACUUCCAAGUCUGCUGGAGUUUGCAGCCAUCCUGGGGGAAAAGGUUGACAAUACAAACUUUGGCGAGCAACGCAAGAUGCGACGAGAGCUCGGCGAUCUGUUCACUCGACUCUUAGCUGGCCUAUUUACCACACGGCCCAUGACCUUUGCCGAGCCGGCCUCGUCAAAUGCGACUACGGAGAAAUCCAGACCAGGGGAUACCACAGAGACUCGCGACGUGGUUGGCAUCCUAGCAUCGGUUGUGCCUAAGCUCUCCAAGGUUCUGCUCGAGCCCGACCGGGUGCUGUCUGCGGCCGGCACCAUUUCCACCAACGUCAUCGGCCCUACGCUGCGCACCAAGACCUUCCCGGACUCGGUCACUCACAACACGGUGCGUCUGCUGCACGAGCUGUCGCGGCUGCCCAACAACCACAAGUCGUGGAAGAAGGAUGUCGGGGACGCCUUCAACGACGGCCGCUUCUUCAGCAUGGACCUGGCGCUCGUGAUGGACGACUGGUUGCCGCUGCUCCGCCAGUGGGCUGUCGCCGACAAGGACAAGCUGCCCGAGAUUGUGAGCCGCGUCGCGGCGCCGACAACGGCCGGCAUCGUGUUUGGCGUCGGGGCCACGUCGGCCCGGCUCGAGGCCGACCGCAAGACGCAGCUCAACCUGCGACGCGUGGCGACGCUCAUCCUCGCCGGCGCCGAUGACGCCGUCGUCGCGGACCUCCCCGUCAUCGUCGACAAGCUCGUGGAGCUGCUCGCCGCGACCAGCACAUCGUCGCCGUCGUCAACUACGCGCGCCGACGUCUACAUGGUGAUGCGCGCGCUCGUUUUGCGCACCGACCCUCUACACCUCGCCAUGCUGUGGCCCGUCGUCAACGCCGAGCUGCACGCCGCGCUCUCAUCCGUUGUCGCGCCCGACGACAGCGCCGCCGCCGAAACGCACACAAACGCCGGCGUCCUUCAGGCCUGCAAGCUGCUGGACCUGCUCGUGUGCGUCGCGCCCGAUGACUUUCAGCUCCACGAGUGGCUCUUCAUCACCGACAGUAUCGACGCCGUCUACCGCUCCUCCUCGUCGCGCCCCAUUGCCCUCGCCGAUGAGCUCGCCGAGGACCUCGGCAGCGCGGCAGCCACCACCAUCACCACCACGCACCAGGAUGACAGCGGUGCAGGCAGCGGCUACGCUGGCUUGGUGCCGGCCGCGCAGCGCAACCGCAGGCACGUGCUGAUUGGACCCGGCGGCAUCGCAGACGACGUGGGCCUCGAGCGUCGCGACGAGCUCGUGGCCAAGGUGCUGCGUCCGUUUUUCGGACAGCUGAGCAUCUUUGCGUUUGAGUCGACGUAUGCCAUGGGCGCACCGGACGUGUCGGACUGCGUGCAGGGGCUGCUGCGAGAUCUCUUUGACGAUACGACCAUGGUCAAGGCUCUGUGA